AUUGGAUUUCACUUUGAUCUUGUGAUGACAGCCUCUUCGCAAAACUCAUGCUUAAAUAGCUUCGAUAUUCGCAAACCAAGUGUGGAUUCUGCUAAAGAAGGUCCAAGUGGUUCCUCUCGACAACCAGCUUUCAAUGCAUAUCCCCUUGAAUCUUCACCUAAUUUGCUUAUUCCAACAAAUGAUGUGAUAUAUAUGCCAUUAAAUCCCACAAAUGUGCCUUUGUCGCUACAACGUGCAUGUGCCUCCAAUGAGACUGUAGGCGGUGAUACACAGAGUUACAGUCAUCCAAUAUGCCAUGGCUUCAUUUUUCCAAACUCAGAAGUAAGUUCAAAUGAUGCUGAAUUUAACCAGAUAAACAUUCCGAGUAUGCAAAAUCAUAUCAAUGAUGUUCCUUACAGUAUGCAGAGCCAGAGUUCGAGCAACGUGGACACAAAUGCUCAAAAACAUCUUCAACUCCUGUUGCUUCAAAAGUUAAUUGAGUUGCAGCUUGCCGAACAUUAUAACUCAAUUAAAGACACACUAAUACUAACUAAAGACUCCAAUAAUGAGUCUCAAAACCCUAAAUUACUGCCAUGUUUUGUCAAAAACUCUGACUUUGAUGCAAGUUCCAACCCAGUUUCAACCGUAAAUAACGAAAACUCGGAUAUGUCGACAUUUUUGGUCCCUGUUAAAGCCAAGUUUGAGGGCGAAAGUGGUUUGUCUUUACACAUAACUCCAAAUGACGAAAUCAGUAAUCCGACCCAAGGAAGUCCAGUUACCGUAGCAUACUCGAGUCAACCCAUCGUCUUAUAUCCAUUUUCUGUUCAACAAGAUAAUUCUACGGAAGAUACAUUCCCAGCCAGCCAAGCCGUGCCUGAUGCGUCCCCAGGUGGACCAACUGCUCAAACAUUUACGAUGAAGGACAUAGAUCACUGUAUACGGAGAGGUUCUCUGGAUUUCCCUUCUGAGCCAAGCAAUGACAUAGUUGAGAGUAUACGAGGUCGUACGAGACCAGGGUUUGUAUUGUUAAGCGUUCGGCAUGAAAAAAUCAACGCAGAAAAUAAGAUUUCACCAACUUCUGAGAAACAUUUCCAGGGGAGUCAUCCUCCUAUUUCAACAUCAGCCAGUCUUGAAACAAAGAAGUCGAAAAGUGUCACCAUGUCUAAAAAAUUACCUAGAAAGAGAUUGAAGCAUAUGAAAAGCGAUGCAGAACUCAAAAAGCGACCACUAAGAGGCUCGUCUAAAUCUCUCCUAAAACGCUCUGAAAACGCUGAAAUGUCUCCGACUCCGGUAGAACUUACGGAGGAUGAUCUUAAAGCUUUAUCUCCACAGUCAAGAUUUCGAGUGACUAGGUUCGCAGACAAAAAGCAAGCCUGGAUAGCUCCUGCAAAGGCAGGAUUCACUGUCCAUGAUUUAUGGACAACUAAACUUCCGGAAUAUGUGUUAAGAUGUGCCGAGCACCUAAAACUAUCAGGCUCUGGUUUAAACUUACAACAAGAAAAACUUACUGAAAUCCCAUAUUCGUUGGACGACAUUAUAAACGGACAUUGUUUGGCCUGUGAGAAGUCACCUCGUCCACUACAUAUUGCAACCAACAUACUCUUACAUGGCGAACUGAGUGAACAUAUAUAAAAAGAACAUAAACCAAGUGUCAUGAUCCAAAUUUUGGAAUAGAAUAAUGAUGUACAUGCUUAUAGAGUCUCACAAUGAGAAAAAGUUUUCCAGCACACUAUGAUUUUCAACUGUCACUUAUGCAACUUGCUCCAUAUGACUCAAAGUAAUAGCUUGUUUGCACUUUGUAAUUUUAAAGUAUUUGGUCUGUUUUCUUCUCUAAUAUUUUCAAUCUAUAAAUAUUUAUUCACUCCAUUUCAUUCAAUCAAGACAUAUUUUCAAGAUAUCUCACGAAAUACGAACCAUGUUUCAUAUUCAUGUUAUACAUUAUUUAAUACUGGAUUAAACUGGAUUUGAUUUCAGUGGAAUUUUGUUAUUGCUUUCAGAAAAUGGUUAUUUAUCAUCACUGGAUUUAUAAAAAGUAAAAAGAAUGAACUCUUUUGCUCUCAAUACAACAUAUUUAACAUUGUCAUGUAAACAAAAAGAAGCCUUUUCGGUAACUACUCUAGAUGUAAUGUGAACGUGUUGUAAUCUAUUCAUCAGUAAAGUAAUUUCAGGAAUGUGACUAAUUUAAAACGUAAUCCAUAUCAUCUUUUUAUGUUACUAACAUAUCAUUAUUAUUUUUAAAUUGUUACUCAGAAAUUCUAAACUACUGCACAAUAGAAUAUUAAUCUUUACAUCUUAUAAAUCAUUAGAUACAGUACAUUCGUUCGUGCUUUUCUAGUACUUCUUGAUUAAAUUGCGUUAUUCUGGGAUUCCUAGUUUGCACUAUAAUUCAAAUACUCCUAAUUAUCAUAAUCUGCUACCAAUUACAACCAAGGAAAAAAGUGAUAGUAAUAUUUAAUUUUGGUACAACAAAGAAUAUUUGCAAUUCUGGAGGUAUACUUCAAUUCUUGACCAAAAACUACCGAAUUCCAGUCAUGUCAAAGAACACCUUUAGUCUCCUAUACUGGCGUUUUGAAAAAAAACAGUUAUUUAAACUGGUUCAUUAAUUAUUAGAGCCAAUGGUAUAUUUUCCAUAGAUUUUAACUGUUUGCUGUUAAAUGUAUACUAAGCGUCCCGCGUCACUUCGCUACCAUUUUUGAGCAGCCGGUAAUAUCAUUUAAACUUGUAGUGACUCACUCUUAUCACGAGAACACGAUUGGUUUAUUGGAAACAAUUAUUAUUAUAACCAAUUGUACCAGUGACUGUUUAAUGCGCUCUUUGUUUAACUGUACUAAAAACACCCAUUAUUCUUACACAUUUCGAUUGUGACCUCGCGCGAAUUCGGUUACGUUCUG